AGGCAGGCCGCCGGCGACGAGCAGCAGCCCCUGCAGCGGGCCUACUCGAUGCACAGCUCGGAGGCGAUCGCCGGCCUGCAGCGCACCGAGGAGCAGCUGUCGACGCUCGAGGCCACGGCCGCCGAGAUCAUGCAGAGGCUAGAGAUGUCCGAGAUCACCACGGGGCAGGCGAGGACAGAGCUGUGCCAGGUGGAGGCCAAGGCAAACAAGCUGAUGAUGGACGGGGUCGACGGCAUCUACACUGGCGAGUUGACCAGCGGUAGCUGGGGAUGGGAGAAGAAGGCCCAGAUCUCGCGCCUCGAGAGUCUCUUCGACAAGCUCGAGGGGCACUUCCGCGUCAUCAAGGAGGCGGACCGUGCCAAAAAGGAGACGGUCUCCGUCUGAGGGGCCUGGGGAGCGCCGCGCCGCGCUUGCCGCAUCCCGCGGUGCCCCCGGGGGCCUCGACGAGCGCGGCGAGCAUCGGGCAGCGCCGCGCCGCGCCCGCCGCCUCCUGCGAAGAAGCCCGCGCGCCGCGCGAGGACUACCCAUGGG